CCACUGCUCAGCCUGGAAGGGACGGGGCGCAUCGGGAAGGGAAGCUCCUGUGCAGAUCACUGUGUGUAGAACCUUGGAGAACACCACAAGGCAUCUUCUCUGGAUCAAGCUAUGGUGAAAGAUGUUUCGCAAAGGCAAGAAGCGGCACAGCAGCAGCAGUUCCCAGAGCAGUGAGGUCAGCACCAAGAGCAAGUCCGUGGAUUCCAGCCUUGGUGGUCUCUCGCGAUCCAGCACCGUCGCCAGCCUCGAUACCGACUCCACCAAAAGCUCAGGACAGAGCAACAGUUUAGACACGUGUGCCGAGUUUCGAAUAAAGUAUGUUGGUGCCAUCGAGAAACUGGACCUGUCUCAGGGGAAGAGUCUCCAAGGACCACUGGACCUGAUAAAUUAUAUAGAUGUCGCCCAGCAAGAUGGAAAGCUGCCUUUUGUCCCCCUGGAGGAGGAGUUUAUUCUGGGUGUUUCCAAGUACGGCAUAAAAGUCUCAACCACGGAUCAGCAUGGCGUUCUGCACAGGCAUGCCCUGUAUUUAAUCAUCCGGAUGGUGUGCUAUGACGACGGCCUGGGAGCCGGGAAGAGCUUGCUGGCCCUCAAGACCACAGAUGCAAGCAAUGAAGAGUACAGCCUGUGGGUUUACCAGUGUAACAGCCUGGAGCAAGCCCAAGCAAUCUGCAAGGUUUUAUCCACAGCAUUUGACUCUGUGUUGACGUCCGACAAGUCCUGAACUCUGCAGUCAAGUGGAAGCUGACCCUGAGAGCUCACCUGGUCCUCCAUCUUUCAGCUUCCCAUAGGCAGCAGUGAACUAUUGGGAGGGUGUAAUGCCCCGACCCAGUUUUCUAAAGAAAGUGUAAUGUGUAAAAUACCAGUCAUCAUUAAAAGGCGUCGUUAACAGUAGGUUAACUUCCAAUAGAUUACCUACUUUCUGAGCUAAAAAGAAACCUUGGGGCCGGACAGACGGCUUAGGAGUUAGGAGCACUUGAGUUCAAUUCCAAGCACCCACAUGGUAGCUCAAAACGGCCUGUAACUCCGGGUCCAGGAGAGCCGACUCCCCCUGCUGGCCUCCUCAGGUACCAGGCAUACAUGUGGUGUACAUAUGUACAUGCAGCCACUCAGGCAUACACAUAAUAAAAUCUACAGAUAAGAAAGAAACCUCUGUUGUCUUUUUAAAGUGCAAACAAGCUUAAUACUCUUGUGUCACAGAAGUUCGCUCUGAUUGAGACUUGCACCCUGUACCUUCACAGGGACUCGGGGUCACUUGCUGUCCCUGGUUAGGGACCGGCAUAGGUUUGAACUGGGGAACCUCAAUUCCACAUGACCCUGGAGUGAUGACAGCAGUGUCCAGAUGAACAGCACCCUAACAGAAGGCCCUGUCUGUACAAUUCCCAGCACACUCAUGUUUAUCUCAGUUGAGAGACUCUCAGAAGGACGUCUGCUGGCUUUUGCAAGUGGCUUUUAAAGGAUCUCACGGUCCACGUCCUCUCUGCGGAGUGCCAGUAGCUAACACUUUAAAGAUGAAAACCAAGGUCGGGCUGGAGAGAUGGCUGAGUGGUUAAGAGCACUGGCUGUUCUUCCACAGGUCCUGAGUUCAAUU